AUGGUCGUAGGUAGGCCACUUGAGACAACAGUUGAUGGAGUCACGCUUUAUAAAAAUGCUCUCAAUGCUCUUGGAUUCAAGGCACAUUGAUGUGUCUUACUUCGCAGCGGGUAUUGCUGCACAUUUACUGAGUGAUGGUCCGCGAGCGUGGGAGGCAUGGACUGCUGAUCAAUCAUUACCAACGAGAGAACAGUUAUUGGAUCAAUUGGCUAAUGCAGUGACUAAUUGGCAAACGCCGCAAGGAGAAAUGGUAGCUUACCGAAGUUUUCAGCCAUUUUUUUCGCUCCUUAAGUGUACUGAAGCUUAUCCAGUGCAGCUAUGGGCUGUAUGGGCAAUCCAUCAUGUUUGCACUAAAAAUCCAAAAAAAUAUUGUGGUAUGCUAAUUCGAGAAGGAGGAGUAGAAAUAUUAAAAUUAUUAGAACAAAAUGAGGAAGAAAUUCAGCCAAACAUAAGAGCGUUGUGUCGUUCAAUUCUAGAUACUCUUCUACUAUAUCCAUUAUAA